GACAUUUCGGAUGCUGAUCUAUGUUCAAGUCUACUUUACCGAACUGUGAUAUCUAAUAACCUAGAGAAAAUACUAAAAGACAGAAAUGUCUUUGUUGUUCUGACGUUCCUAGGCUUGGUAAUAGGUGAGAACUAUGCUGACUCUUUUUUCAAAGAAUAUGCGGGUGGUACUUUGUCAUUAUCUGAUACAGGAAAUAGAAUUGUGAAUCGCAAUGAUUCAGAGUUGUGCAAAAACUAUUUGCAUCUCUUCGGUCAACGUGUCAAGAGCUUUUCAACAAUCGCAUCAGCAUUCCGAAAUGAAUUUUCGCACUAUUUCGUGCUAUCCUCGAAAGAAAAGCCGAGUGUUAGUCCCUUCGGUAUUCCCAAGCAAUCGUUUAUCAACGAACUGAUGAGUUUGCUAUAUUUGUUAUAUGAGUACGUGGGACUGAGCGUUAAUGACCGCGUGAACCGAUAUGAUAUAUUAUUCUCUGAUACGAAUACCGAUGUGGAAGCAUCAAUGCAGUAUAUUACGUUGGUGAAGGUGUACACAAGCUUUUUGCAUUCGUUUGUCUCAUACACCCCACCUUCAGUUAUACUUCAAUGUGAGCUUGUGUUUCCAAAGAUAUUGGCAAUGUACUUCGGCGUAAAGUUGCUGGACUGUUUUGCCCUAAGGCCUGACAGUAGCCUAGAAACAGUUUUUGUGGGAAAUAUUGAAAAUUAUGAGAUAAAUAACGGAAAAAAAGAUAUUAGAGCCAUAGAAAUUUCUGUCAAUCAAAAGUUUACACAGAUUUAUCGAUCAGCUGAUCGAAAAAAUAAUAUUCACAUUCUUCUUCCUGUGUUGCUGUCACACUUUGAUGCUGUUCAUUUAACCUUAGAUGACUACUAUGUUAACUUUGAGGACCUGCUUCUGCUAAGAAACAUGGCUAAGAAGUGUAACAUCACUCGAUUGGUGGCAUCUAUAUUCGAUUUAGACCGAUUUAGCUUUCAUGCAUUCGUGAGAGAAACAGAAGUUGACAGGGGAACUGUGUUUGUUCUGGAUUUAAGCGGCAGCAUUCUUGCUGAUAUUGAUUUGCAAACAUUGAGCAGAUUUUCUAAUCUCAGGCGGCUGGUACUUCCGCGAAAUAUUGUCUCUAGCGGCGCUUUGAGUAUCAUAUUUUCCGAGAAUUCCCAAGUAUGCCUAACCCUGUUCGAACUUGUCUACGAUCAGAAAGUGACAGACAGUGAUCUCAAGCUCUUGAAAAAGUGUCCAUAUCUGAAAUAUGAUGGCAUUGUCUCUGAGCGCUUGUUUAAUACUGAUGAUGCCGAUAUUGACCAAUACAAGGAUCAAAUAACGCAUCUACUACUCCAAGAUACGAGAAAUAGCGACAACAAUCCGAAAAUAUUACUUAGUGAGUUUUUUUCUGAGUUUCUCUACCUGAAUAAAAUAACUAUACGAUCGGAUGAUCCACAAAUACUUAAGAGCUUGUCGCAUGCACUCAUCAAACGUGCUCUUACCGUUUGA